AUGCUGGUGAAGGCCGGCAUGAUGGCGGUGAUCUCGCCACGGGCGACGGUAGCAGACGAUGAAAACGGCAGCGGCGGUGGCAGCGGCAGCGGCAGUGGGUUUGGGAACCCGCCUCCGGAAAAACACGGACGGGGUGAGAUGAGAAGGCCGCCCGGGCUAGUAGUGGCACCAGGGGAAGGAGUGACUAUGAGAAGGCCGCCCGGGCUAGUGGCGCCAGGGAAAGGAGUGACUAACAUCUAUCCUCCUCGGCUGGUUGUGCCACGGGGGGGCGACGGCGUUGGCGACUGCAGGGAAAGCGGGUACCGAAGGUCGUUGAUGAGCCCGCUCCGUGAAGCGGUGGAAGUGUCGUUGGGCGGCAGGCGGGUGAAGAUGAUGGUCUCCACGCACCCCCUGUCGACGAGACCCGAGGACGUUGGCCACGGUGGCCGCACGGAUUGGGGGAGCCCUCCGAAACCGCAGCGGCGGCAGUCCAGCCCGCCUCAGACCGGCACUAAGAACACGGAGGCGGCAAGGGAAGCGGCAGCAAGAGAAGGGUGUGGCCGGGCCGUGGGUUGCCUGACGGUGGCGGCGGGAGCGACGCCGGCGGGAGCGGCGGGCGCCGGCGGUGGUGACUCCUUCUGUGCAGGCGGAGGUUUCAGCGACAACCGCGGCACCGGCUGCGGCAACGCUGGCCACGGUGACCGGAAACCGCCGACGAUUCCGGUUCUUCAGCAUACUGCAGACGCGAUGCAGAAGCAAGAAGUACCGGUGCAAGCUGACAGACUGCUCUCCUUGCCGAGAGCCACAGUAGCAGCAGCAGCAACGGCGGCGUCAGGGGGCGACGCCGGUGUGGACUGCGCGCAAGCCGGCGAGCAGAGCGCGACUUCGAUUCGGCGAAGGGUGGAGGCGCCGCAGAUAAGGAAGCUGAGAGAGGAGAGAAGGGUUCUCUGUGUGCUCAUGCGCUACAGGUUGGAGAUAUCAGCUGAGAAUCUUCGUGGCUUAGACCGUGUAAUUCUGGCGAGCGAGGCGAGACGAGCGGUCGUCAACGCAGAGGUGAAGGCCGCCACCGAGGUCUUCCGGCGGGACAUGGCCGAGGCCAACCGAUUCAGGUUGGAAGCAGAGGCCUGCAAGGCAGCGCUGGCGGAAGUCGCCGUAAUACCCUCCGUACCCGCCAACUCCAUCGCCCGAGGAGUGUACGGAGACUGGUUCCAUGGACGAGAGUUCAAGAGGUUCGUCGCCAAGACUCGGGAGCGCUACGGCGACGGGUCGGACGAGCUCUUCGUGGCCACCGACGUGGUUAGUCAGCAGCACCGGGCUCGGAACGGGGGCGAGGGCGGCAGCGUCUGGGCCGUCGGCGUGAAGGAACUCGGGCAGGGGACCUUCGGAAUCGUGACCCGGCUCGACGUUCUCACCCUGGGCAAGAGCUACGCCGCUAAGGAGUUCAAGGAUCAAGGAGAAGGCGGGGACAAUGGUUCCUGGAUGAGAGGUUGUGCUCAGGCGGGUCUCCUGACGGAGAUGAUCGUUCACAAUAGCAUGCCGCCGCAUGCCAACAUCGCCGGGCCUUCCGCCAUGGACGACCGGGAUAAGGACUCCCUGGUCGUCUUCUAUGACCUAGCCGUGGACGACUUCCAUGGCUACGCCACGGGACAAGUCCUGGCUAGCCCCGGAGUGCUCAUGCGGCUGUUGUCCGACAUGGCUCGAGGGCUUGAGCACCUCGGCCGACAUGGGGUUAGCCACAACGACGUGAAGCCCGGCAACAUGCUGGUCUUUCAAGACUCAGGGGUGCUCGUUGCCAAGGUUACCGACCUCGGAUGUGCUCUCGCUCACGGAGACAUGAGGAGGGGGCAGGGCACGAUCGGAGGCCAGGUGCCAGAAGGGAUGAUGAGCCGGGAGGUCGCGUGCGAGCCGUCUCAGGACGUGUUCGCUCUGGCGCACAUGGUAUUGCUGACGCUAACGAAGGACGAGUGGAAGAGUAGCAAUAUGUGGUUCAGCCAGGCGGUCCAGACGGAUGGCGACAAGGAAAUCGCCAGCACGAUGGAAGCGAGAAAUGCUUCUGUUGCUUCCAAGCACCAUUUUAUGGACGAGGUGACGCUGCGCAACCAGAUCGACCCUCGCGCUCGCGCAGCCCUGCUCAAUCCGGAGCACCUGUAUGACGGCCUCACCGACGGCGUCAAGGAGAAGGUCGUCAUCCUUCUCGCCAAGGCGCUCUCGCCCGACCCGACCAAGCGACCUCCCAUGGCCGAGAUGCUCGCCGAGUUGGACGACAUGAACGAGUGCCUGCUCGAGAUCGAGACCAGGGGCGUCAUCUUGGCGGCGACGGCAGCGGUGGCUGGGGAGGGCCCGUCCCGAACGGUCAGCACAGACGCCGGAACGGGUGGCGUCGCCGACGACCACGGAGCGCCCCACCCGCCGCCGCCGCUGCCCGCUACCCUCGAGGCGGUGUCUGGAGCUUUCGAAGGACGCGGGAGCGCCGUUCCACAGCAGGUCGCGGCCGUUGCAGGGGUAAACGUCAUCCCGUCGAUCUUCCCGGAGGUGGCGGUGGGCCCCGCCGUUUCGAGGGAAACAGCCGACGGUAGUGCUGCUGCUGAGGAGGAGGAGGGAGGAGGAGGCGGACGUUCAGCUCUUGCUCCACUGGCGACGCCAGCCACCGACGUACAGAGGUCGACCGUAUCCCGACCCCUCCAGGAAGGUUCCGUGCCCGUGUUGGGAGUUGUUUCUGGAGGAAUACCGUCCCAUAACGGUCGCAGCGGGGGUGAUCACCAUGUUGUGCCGGUCGCAAGCACAGCAUCGGUUGUCCAGAGCGAAGUUGUUACCGGGGGGUCCGCGGCGGUGAUGCCGGUGUCUGCUGGUGCGGGGGGAGGGGUGGCGGUGACGGCGGCGGUGGGAGGAGGAAGGAGAGUGGUGGACAGCCAAGCACGCCUCCUGCAGCAUCCGGCGAGGCGAAGGUCACCACGCACCGGCGAUGUAGCGGCGGCAGGUCGAGUGGUAAGGGCAAAAGGAGGCCGAGGGACAGGGUUGGUGCCGCGGGCGUUGGCGGUGAACGAUGCCGCUCCCUAUGUCGUUGGAGGAGGUGACGGAGGGGGGCUUCGCACGUCGCACCACAGCAACCGACUCCCUGCGGGUCCUGCGCCGAGGAGGUCCACCACCAGGAGGAACGCGGCCGGUGGUGCAAGAAUGGACGCCGGCCGUGUCACCAAUUCCCACAGGGCCACCAACACUGCACGGGGGGGGGUCCCGCCGUUCGCCCACCGACAACUGCCCCUUCAACCCCCGCGGUCCCCAAGGCCAGGGCAGGACGAAUGCCUGCCACGGUGGGCACCACAGCGGCAGCAGGAGCCACGGAUCUUCUUCUUCCCUCCGCCAGGGACACCGCCACCAACACCACGCCGGCGUGCUGCUUGCAUGGGGGCACCACCACCUCCCCGCCGCGGCGAACAACCUGGUGCUGCCGCGCCCGCACCCGCAGUUCCGGGUAUACCCGCUGCACCAGCAGUCGUGGGCCGUGGGGGGAGUAGGUGUCGCACCCUCUCAGUACUUCCCUUCGGGGUCCUCGACAAGGCAGACGCACCAGGGUGGAUAUGUCGGGGGAGGAAGAGCAGGCGUGUUCCGCCCGCCCCAAGCCCCGGUGCCGUUGCCACCGGUACCACAACCUUCGAUUUACCACGACCCGAGUUGCCAGCCACCAAAGGCUCAACCAAGGCUGUGACCAUCAUGGGAUCGCUCGAAGCUUCUUCAUGGCGCCGUGGUUGGUUUUGUCGACUCAGUGACCGAGCCAACGUUGGGUAUCGAGACAAGUGAAAGAGUACCAAGAUGAGGAACCGACAAAACAUGCAGCAUGAGCAAUCUCCGAAAGAUCUACCCCAACGCCAAGGUGUUCUAACCAUUUGAUAACUCCGUACCAGUUGCUUCAAAUUCGGUGUUCUUGCGAAGUUUCUGAAACGAAAGAAAAUGAGAGAACGACGCCUGCUGAUUGGACAAUGCAAACUGUUCCAUCCCUGUGUGCAAGUGCAACGCUGCCUUCCCACCUG